AUGUUCUUCUUUGGCUUUGGGAAGCUUAUCUAUGUCACUGUCCUCAUAAUCAACGCCAUCGCUGUCCUUUCCGAGGAUCGAUUCCUUGCUCGCAUCGGAUGGGGUCGCACGCAAACUGAGCCGGCCUUCGGCGCAUCCCACGAUAGCACCAGCGUGAAGGCGAGGUUGGUCAAGCUGAUUGACAGUGUGCGGACACUAAUGCGGAGAGCAGUCUUCUCCGUCGAGGGGCAUAGGGUGCCCUCUACCAUGUGCAGGCAGCAAGGCCGCAAGCUUCGACACCCCGGCUAA